AUGGGACUGGGUCUGUCGAGUCUAAGAGGUGGAAUCUCAACAAGCAGUGAGCACCUCAGACGCCAGGAAUCCCUUACCCUGAAGACAAAUAGCAGUCACUGGGAACAGAAUGGCCAUCCAGGAUUGGCAGUAGGAAUAAUCUUCUCAUUACAAACUUUGGUUGGAAUUCUGGGGAACGUCUCUCUUCUUCUCCAUUAUCUCAUCCUUUACUUCACAGGAUGCAAGUGUAGGUCCACAGAUUUGUUUAUCAAGCACCUGACUGUAGCCAAUGUGUUGGUCAUUCUCUCUAGAGGAGUCCCCCAUACCAUGGCAGCUUUGGGGAUGAAGCAUUUCCUAGAUGAUAUCAGGUGCAAACUUGUGUUCUAUGUGCACAGAGUGAGCAGGGAUGUGUCCAUUGGCAGCACCUGCCUCCUGAGUGUCUUCCAGGCCAUCACCAUUAGUCCUAGACACUCAAGGUGGAUGGAGCUUAAAGUAAAAGCUCCCAAGUAUGUUGGCCCCUCCAAUAUCCUCUGCUGGAUCCUGAACAUGGCACUAAAUGCUGUAGUACCUGUGUAUAUGACUAGCAACAGGAGUGGCAAAAACCUCACACAAAAAAAUUACAUCUAUUGUUCUGCUAGAACUGAGGAGAAAACUGCAAACUCCCUAUAUGUAGCACUGGUGUUCUUCCGGGAUGCUCUCCACUUGGUGCUCAUGCUUGGAGCCAGCUGCUCCAUGCUUUCCAUCCUGUACAGGCACAAGCAGGAAGUCCAGUACAUCCACAGGAAUAAUUUGUCCCCCAGUUCCUCUCCUGAAUCCAGAGCUAUGCAAAGCAUCCUCGUCCUGGUGAGCAUUUUUGCGUCUUUGUGCACCCUCUCUUUCAUCUUUCAUGUUUGUUCCGCUGUCUUAAGAAAUCCCAGUGUGUGGCUCAUGAACACCUCUGUGCUAAUUGCUGGAAGUUUCCCCACUGUGAGCCCCUACGUUCUCAUGAGCUAUGACUCCAGAAUAUCCUGGCUCUGCUUUGAUUGGAUAAGGGAUACAAAACCCUCCAAACUUAUUAUAGAUGCAGAACAAAGGACAGAUGCCCCCACCUCCACGUCUAUCCAACAAAGCUCUGGAAUCCUCACCAUAGGAACUAGCCAAGAAAGGGAAAUGAAAAACCAUCAGAUCAAAAAGGGAGAAGUACAGUUAUCUGUAGACAGCAUUGGGAGAAGCAAGCCUCACCUGUCCACUUACAGGAUGGACUCAGACUCAGGAAGUGCAGCCAAAAUGAGACUUUAUUAA